AUCAUGAUAUUAUCUCUUGUCUGUCGUCUACUUCCUCUUUAACUUCUUAACUCCCUUUCUUUUCCUAUUGAUUCCCAAAAGACUCUCUCUGAACUUAACAAUUUCCCGGCACCAUGCGCAUGACAGCUUUGGUGAGCUUGGCAUUUUCUGCCUCGAUAGGCCUCAUGUUCCUCAUCUUGGCCUGUGCUCUGCCACAGUACAAUAACUGGUGGCCGUUCUUUGUGCUGGUGUUCUAUGUCCUUGCUCCCAUCCCAACAAUUAUGGCUCGGAGAAUGUCGGAGGACUCUGGUGGCAGCAAUCCGUGUAAAGAACUGGCAUAUUUCAUAACGGCAGGCUUGGUAGUGUCUGCCUUUGGUCUUCCGAUUGUGCUAGCCAGAGCACCAGUUGAACAGCCAGUGAUCCAUUGGGGUGCUUGUGCUCUGGUUCUCUCAGGGAACAUCGUCACUUUCCUCACCAUCUGGGGCUUCUUUGUGAUGGCUGACAGUGACGAUGUGGAGUACAGCAUGUGGUGAGGUGCGAGUGCGAGCCGAAUGAGUGGGCGAAGAAGGUGCCAUGGACAGAGGUCGUUUGCUCUCUCCCAUUAUCCCAAGGGACGGAACUCUGCUUGUAAUCUCACUGGGACCUCAGUUCAUAAUGGCUGUAGAAAAUUUGCGAUUUAUAUCUACUAUUAGUUGAUUAGAGCUCCAAGGGAAGUUGUCGUAUCAAAAGAAUAUUUAUCGUGGGUCACAAGAACUUGCA